AUGGCUGGUGUUGUUGGAAGGCUUGAAGCAGAAAUUAAGGUGAAAUCAAAUGCAGACAAGUUCUGGAAUGCUAUAAGGGAUUUUGCAACCAUACUCCCUAAGGUCUCACCAUCUGUUUACAAAAGCAUUCACAUUAUUCAGGGUGAUGGCAAGGUGCCUGGCUCCAUCAUCAAAUAUACUUUAGACAUGGGCAAUGAAGUUGUGACAGUCACAGAAAGGAUUGAAGAUGUUGAUGAUGGAAAGAGGACAUUGAUUUAUAGUGUGAUUGAUGGUGACCUCCUUAAGUACUUUAAGAGUAAUUACAAGGGAUACAUUAAUGUAACACCAAAGGGGGAUGAUAAUGGAAGCAUUGUGAAAUGGUCCUCUGAAUAUGAAAAGGUUAGCCAAGAAGUUCCUGAACCUAUUUUCAUCAAAGAAUUUGCAACCAAGAUGUUCCCAAAGAUUGAUGAUUAUCUUCUAAGCGCAUAA